CAGGAGCAGGUAAAGGUGAACAGUGAGCUCACUCCCUGGGUGUUGUGGGGCGGAACUAAUGUGCGCGCGCCGCUGUUUCCGGCGGGGCUAUUUUUCCGGCAGCGCGUGACUGUGACAGUCAAACAUGUCGAGUUCCUACAAAAACAGGAUCCAGGAGUUCAAGGCGACUCUGAGCGAGCAGGAGAUCAAUCUCAAGGCUUUACGUGAGCUCUGCUUCAGCGGGAUCCCGUGUGAAGGAGGCAUCCGUGCGCUCUGCUGGAAGAUCCUGCUGAAUUACCUGCCGCUGGAUCAGGCAUUAUGGGAGACGUUCCUGACAAAACAGAGGGAUCUGUACGCCCAGUUUUUACGAGAGAUGAUCAUUCAGCCGGGAAUCGCCAAAGCAAACCUGGGAGUGUCUCGAGAGGACGUGACGCUGGAGGAUCACCCUCUGAAUCCAAACCCAGACAGUCGCUGGAACACAUACUUCAAAGACAACGAAGUUCUGCUGCAGAUCGAUAAAGAUGUCAGACGCUUGUACCCAGACAUGGCUUUCUUCCAGCGGCCCACAGACUUCCCCUCUCAGCUCAUCCUGGACCCGCAGAACGAGUACGAGACGCUACGGAGACGAGUGGAGCAGACAACUCUCAAAGCCCAGACGGUGAACCGGAACCGCAGCGGCGUCACUAACGUGAGUUCUCCGGGGAAGGCGUUAAACCUGUAUCCCUCUAAUGAGUACGAGGUGCUGCCGAACGGCUGUGAAGCGCACUGGGAAGUGGUCGAGCGGAUCCUCUUCAUCUACGCCAAACUCAACCCAGGCAUCGCUUACGUUCAGGGCAUGAAUGAGAUCGUGGGUCCCAUUUACUACACCUUCGCCACGGACCCCAACAACCAGUGGAAGGAGCACGCGGAGGCCGACACCUUCUUCUGCUUCACCAACCUGAUGUCCGAGAACAGAGAUAACUUCAUCAAAAGCCUGGACGACUCUCAGUGCGGCAUCACCUUCAAGAUGGAGAGCGUCUUCUCCAAACUCAAGGAGAAAGACACGGAGCUGUACAUGAAGCUGCAAGAGCAGAACAUCAAGCCGCAGUACUUCACCUUCCGCUGGCUGACGCUGCUGCUCUCGCAAGAGUUCCUGCUUCCAGACGUCAUCCGGAUCUGGGAUUCGCUGUUCUCGGAUCAGGAGCGCUUCGACUUCCUCAUCCCUGUGUGCUGCGCCAUGCUCACACUGAUUCGAGAUCAGUUACUGGCUGGAGACUUUACAACUAACAUGAGAUUACUGCAGGAUUAUCCCAUCUCUGAUGUUCACGCCAUCCUCAUUAAAGCGAAAGAACUGCAGGACGGUUUGUAGCCGCCACGCCCCAAUAGGCUCCGCCUCCAGUCUGAUGAUUGACAGCAGUGCCGCCCAUCUCACCCGGGUGGGAUCCAGCAUUUGCCUUUGUGUGAUUGAGCGUUUGGUCUUACCGUCUCUCAGGUAGACACGCAAGUGUGUGUGUGUGUGUGUGUGUGUGAGAGAAAGACCGAGUGUGUGUGUGUGUGUGUGUGUGUGCGCGCUGCGCUCAAGCUGUUUAUUGUUGCACUGAAUGAUUUUAAAGACCAACAUACUGACUCUCUCUCACACACACACACACACACACACACUCUCUCUCUCUCUCUCUCUCUCUCUCUCACACACACACACACACACACACACACACACACACUCACACUCUCUCUCUCUCUCUCUCUCACACACACACACACACACACACACACUCUCUCUCUCUCUCACACACACACACACACACACACACACUCACUCUCUCUCACACACACACACACACACUCACACUCUCUCUCUCUCUCUCUCUCUCACACACACACACACUCACUCUCUCUCUCUCUCUCUCUCUCACUCACUCACUCACACUCACACUCACUCUCUCUCUCUCUCUCUCUCUCUCUCUCUCACUCACUCACUCACUCACACUCACACACACACACACACACACACACACAAGCCACAGAUGGACUCCAGAAACACUCCAAAACUGAAAUACUACAGUAUAAAUCUGGAACAACAGAAGACUGGUCACCUGAGGGUCUUUAUCCAGCUGUAUUAUAUCAGUAAUUGUUGUUUGGUUUAUUACGUAUCUGUCACAAAUGAACAAACCCACAGUGGUGCAGAUGGAUGGAGGUUCUCGUCUUCAUCUGUGAGAGAACUGAAGCUGUUCUGGAGAAGCUUGAGACGGGAGAUGAGUGAGUGGAUUCAUUCAGGAGCAGGGAGAAACUCCAGCAUGAACCAAUCAACACUACAGACCCGUCACUGAUCUCAGAUCAGCUCCUUCAGAGUCAUCACUCCUCCGCUGAUCACACGGCUUUAGCAUCCCAUCAUCCCUCUGUUCAGUGACGUCAUCAGUCUCCACUAAUAAUCUGCAUUAAUUGCUCUUCAGGCAUCUCCUCACACUAAUAACAGCGCUCGUGUUUCUCUGGGGGAAACAUCUGAUCAAACGUUGUGACUCGUUCGAAUCGUUACUGUUUUUAUAAAUAUGUUGAUCGUUGCAGUCCAUUUUUUUUUUAAAUGUUUUGUAUUCUAAAGCUGAGAGGAUGUUGGGAAUUGAAUGGUCUUUUAAUCAGGGAAUGUCUGGCCACACGUCUUUCUUUGACUGUAUUCGUUCAUGUACAUUUGAAAACCAUGUUUUUUCUUUUGCAUGAGAUGUUUUUGUAUGAACCUCUAUAGUUCUUGCUGUUGUAUAUCAAUGUUUUUACAGUGCUUGCGGAUGCACAAUAAAACAAUAUAACCUUUAAA